AUGGCCAAGAGCAAAUGGCAAGGUCGAGCGAUUCGUGAGAAUGAUAAAGAAGGUGGUCAAGACGGCGACAGUACAGCACAAGAACUGGAAACAAGAGAUGCAUCGUUUCCUCAGAAACGUCAGAGCAACUCGUCACACAAGGACAAAAGUUCCCCCAGCAACCGCAUUGUUUGGUCGGGCACUAAAAACAAAGUUACCUGAGUUGAAAAAGACUUUGCAAGACCCAGCAGUUGAGGGAAAUGAUUGCCAGGCGAAGUCAAGGAUAAAGAGAUAUGCUGAUUCCAAAACCUAUGUUCAACCCUCAACAAUCCAGGAAGGCGAUACAGUGUUUGUCAAGCGUGAUGAUUCAAAGAGAAAGAGAGAUACACCCUACUGACCUGAUUCAUAUGUCAUUGUACAGAAGAAAGGAUCCAUGGUGACAGCAAGAAAUAACAACGCAAUGAUCACCAGAAAUUCUUCUUGUUUUAAGAAAGCGCCCAGCGACAAUGGCGAUGAUGAAGAAGCGAGUGACGGAGAAGACGCCGGUCAACAAGAGUAUGAACCUGAUGCAGCGGCAGUCGAAGCCCCUGAACCUCGCUAUCCCAGAAGAGUGAGAAAGCGUCCUACCAGAUAUGGAGAACAAUUACAUUGA